ACUAUUCAGUACGCCUCCCUUCCCUUGCCUCCCAAACAUCAAACAUGGCCGACUGUAAUCCAACAAUGACUCUUGCCCAAGCGAGAGACCUAUCUCAUACCUCCGACGACGAAUCCUCCGAACACAGUCCCCGAAGCGUCCGUACACUAUCUGGCGGCGCAGGAGGAGGCUCUACCACUUCGUCUAAGCCCCGGAGGUCCUCAGGGGCUGGUGAUUUCUCUUCAACCGUUGAGCAUUCGAAGAAGCCCAGAGGAAGACCACCCGGCUCCAAGAAUAAGCCUAAGCCCCCAAUCGUUAUCACCAAAGAUAGCGACUUCGCAAUGAAGCCCGUCGUCCUCGAGAUUAAAGCUGGUUGCGAUGUCGUCGACACAAUUGUCCAGUUCGCCCGGAAGCGUCGAGUGGGUAUCACCGUCCUGAGCGGAUCUGGGUCUAUUUCAACCGUCACUCUCCAGCACUCCAUUUCUCACGCCCCCGCCGUAUUUACACUCCAGGGUCCUUUUAGUCUGGUCUCGCUAUCGGGCACAUUCUUGGGCACCUUUUCUUCUCCCAGUACGGCGAUGGUAAGUUCUUCGCCUUCGGGCUCGAAGCCCUUGUCGUCGUCGUCACCGCCGCCGUCUUCCUGCUCUUCUUUCGGAAUCUGCCUUGCUGGAGGCCAAGGCCAUGUGUUCGGAGGCAUUGUCGGCGGGAAGAUAGUGGCGGCGAGUCUGGUUGUUGUUGUGGCGGCGACGUUUCUUAACCCAACACUUUACAAGAUUCCGACUGAACAAGACCGAGAAGGAGAUGAGGAGGUCAAGACUUCCAUAGCCGGCGCUGGAGUUGUUGCCGUUAAUGACGGGUCUGUUGGUUCGACGGCGAUGUCCGUGUCUGUUUAUGGUGUGGCGAGCCCAGCUCCUAUCAAUUGCCAGCUUUCACCAGAUGUCAUGCCUUGGGGACCAAAUUCUCGCCCUCCCUAUUAAGAAGACUAAAUGAUAUUAUUAUUUUUAUUAUUAUUCCGAGUCCUUUUGAUUUAUUGUCGUUUAGGUAAGAUUAAUUUAGCGUUACAAACCACAGAUUCCUCCUGCUUGGGCUUCGUCUCGUCAAUUAGGGCUGCUAUGGCUAAACGAGGAUUUCAAUCAAACAGUUGAGUACGUUAUUUAGUGUAACUUUAAACUUCGACUAAGCUUCUUUGAAUA